AUGCUGGUGUGCUGCCAGCGAACAGCCCCUGGAACUGAGACGUCGACCAUCCUCCCAAGCCACAAGCCUAUUGGGCGGCAAGAAUGGCUACAACUGACAAUCUCCGAUCCCCAGUCCUACGAACAAGGCACGUCGCUCCGAUCAGACAUCCAGGGGCCCACUGGAUCUUUCCGCUGCCAACUCCUCGUCUACCCUACAGGAACCUCUGGAGCGUCCAACUCUGUGGCCAACGCGCUCGCGGCGUUCGUCGAGCUUAUCCCUCCAGCUUCAGUUGCAGAGACAAGCUGGGCAUGUAAGGAUGUAAUGUACGGCAUCGCAGCUCGGAGUACAGAGUCACAUACUGCAGAAGUGACGAGACAAGACACCUUCACGUUCGACAAAUCAGGAAACGACCGUGGCUGGCAUGACAUCAUCCGCUGGAACGACAGCAAGUGGGCGACAACCACUAGUAUAUGUGUCUGUGCGGAAGUCAGGGGCCUGCCAGUGGCGAAUAGUCUUGUGUCUGAUGUGAGAUUCGUAGACUUUGAGGAGGUGCUGCAGCCCGUUGCAUUUGAUCUACCUGAAGGCUGCAGGCUUUUCUUCGAUCAACGCCUGCUGGUAGCCAGGUCAGACUACUUUCGAGAGAUGUUUUCUGAGUCAAAGUGGUUGGAAGGCCAGAAGCAGGUCGUAGAUCUGUCCACUGAUCAGCUCGCAUCAAAGGGAGCCAUAAGUGCAAUCUUCCGCUUCAUCAUCUCUGGGUCGUUUCAAGCCGAAGGAGACGUGGACCUGGCAUUUGCUGUCCGCGCGCUGGGGGAUCGCUACUGCUUGAAGGAGCUGGUUAAGCUGGCCGACUCUGAGUUGCUGGGUUUGCUUUGUCCUGAAAAUUGCCUGAGUCUUCUGGGGCGGCUGAGUGGAACCAACUCCAGCAUCGAGUUGGCUUGCUGGAAGAUGAUCCAGGCAGAUGGAUGCAAGCUGCUGGAACAGCAGGAGCAGCAGCUUCACCAACUCAUUGAGGAGAAUCCUUCACUAGCAAAGCAGCUUAUCCUACUCAAUGUUAAGA